GAGAGAGAGAGAGAGAGAGAGAGAGAGAGAGAGAGAGAGAGAGAGAGGGUUGUGGUGAAGCCAAUGUUUGUCGUCGAACUCCAGCAAAUAUGAGGAUGGGAAGAUAAUGGCCCACACUAACAGGAUAACUGAACCACUGCAACUAUCAAUUUAUGUCAUUUUAUGAUGCAUUCUGGCUGAAAAAAACAACAAAAACUGAAGCUGAGAGAACCUGGACAGCAAACAACAAAGGAUCUUUUCUCCUUUUUUUUUGGACAUCCUCUCUUCACAUCAUCCUGAUUUGCUAAAGAUGGGUUCCUGAGUCCAGUUUCACAGAAAUGACUGGAUCCAACAUCUCCAUGGAGGAAUUACUGGAGACUCCCGAGCUGUGUGCGCGCACAGAGAUGCCGUAGCUCCCUACAUGAAGCGUGACAGAUUGAGUACUUUUAUGGAAAUUGCUUGGAAAUUUGAGCUCAGCUGAAAGACGCACGAACAGCAAUAAUACUCCAUAGACACACAGAGGGAGAAAGGAGCCAGCGCCGGCGAUCUGUGUGUCUCUGCAAUAAGUGGCUGAUAAAAAGCAAUAAAUUCUCUAAAAUAAAUACAGUCAUCCGGCGGUGCGCCAUGGGCGAUGAGGCGUCAAACUUCAGGAGAAGCAGGAGGACCGGUGUCUCACCACCAAGAGCCAGGACUGCUGAGGAUCACGGCAGAACGCUGAUUCUGGGAUAAACUCCAGCUGAUCCCCGCCGAGAACAAUGAGAUUAACGAUCUUUGGAUGACUUGUCAGGUUACCACUGUGACAGUUUUUGAUGUUCUUCAGAAAACAAGAUUCAGAUCUGGGCUGUGCUGGACUUGGUCACUUUGAUUUGUUUGCUCAGAGAUCAAGUGGCAGAAAGAGGGACAUGACACGUUUCUGUUUUGUGCUUAAAAUAAACGAAUACAGCCAUAUUAUUUAAUCAAUAAGUUGAGAGGAGAAAAAAAAGGGAUCUUUAAUUUUUUUUGCACUAUGAUGGAACCACCACCAUGUUCGAAGAAGAGCCUGUCCCUGUCGCUCCCGGUUCCCCGGGAAGGACAGGCGACUCUGAAGCCUCCGCAGCAUCUUUGGAGACAACCCCGGACCCCGAUUAAAAUCAAACAUCGGGGCUACUCUGACACGGACCGGCAUCACCACCGGCACAUGGAGCGCUCCGACGCCGUGGAUACGAGCGACCGACCGGGACUGAAAAAGUCUCGGAUGUCCUGGCCGUCCUCCUUCCACGGGACCACUAACACAUCCAUCGGAAAUUGUGUCGGGAAUAAACGCUUCGAUUCAGAGAAUGGUCCCUCACCAGGCCGCAGUCCCAUGGAUUCGCAGGCGAGUCCUGGGUUGGUGCUCCAUCCUUCUUUUCCCCAGAGCCAACGCAGGGAGUCCUUCCUGUACCGCUCCGACUCAGACUACGACACAUCCCCCAAAACCAUGUCACGCAACUCCUCCAUCAACAGUGAGGGGCACGCCGAAGACAUGAUUGUCACCCCUUUUGCUCAGGUGUUGGCCAGCCUACGAACUGUAAGAAGCAACUUCACCAUCCUCGCCAAUGUCACAACACCCACUAACAAGAGGUCACCAGUGACAAGCCAACCCACUGUUCCCCAAGCUACACUCUCUGAGGAGACAUACCAGCAGAUGGCUCGGGAGACUCUGGAGGAGCUGGACUGGUGUCUGGACCAGCUGGAGACCAUUCAGACCCACCGCUCAGUCAGCGAGAUGGCCUCCAACAAGUUCAAGAGGAUGUUGAACAGGGAGCUGUCCCAUAUGUCAGAGAUGAGUCGCUCAGGGAACCAAGUGUCAGAAUACAUUUCCACUACCUUUCUAGAUAAGCAGAACGAGGUGGAGAUCCCGUCUCCGACCUUGAGGGAGCGGGAGAAGCCCAUGUGUCACAUCAGCGGUGUGAAGAAGCUCACGCACAGUUCCAGCCUUUCCAACUCCACCAUGCCUCGCUUCGGCGUGAAGACCGAACACGAAGAUGCGUUAGCCAGGGAGCUGAACGACUUGAACAGUGGGGCCUUAAUAUCUUUCGUUGUGGCAGAGUUCUCAAACAAUCGACCCCUCAGCUGCAUAAUGUUUGCCAUCUUCCAGGAAAGAGAUCUAUUGAAGACCUUUCGGAUCCCCGUGGACACAUUCGUCACAUAUGUGAUGACCCUGGAGGACCACUACCAUGCCAACGUGGCCUACCACAACACUCACGCUGCAGAUGUCACUCAAUCUACUCAUGUACUGCUAUCAACACCAGCUCUAGAUGCUGUAUUCACUGAUCUAGAGAUUCUAGCUGCGUUAUUUGCUGCUGCCAUCCAUGAUGUGGACCAUCCAGGAGUUUCAAACCAAUUCCUCAUAAACACCAAUUCAGAGUUAGCCCUGAUGUAUAACGAUGAGUCCGUGUUGGAGAAUCAUCACCUGGCUGUGGGUUUCAAGCUGCUUCAUGAGGACAACUGUGACAUCUUCCAGAACCUCAGCAAGACAAGACAGAGCCUGAGGAAACUUGUCAUUGAUAUGGUUUUGGCAACAGAUAUGUCUAAACACAUGAGUUUGCUGGCAGACCUCAAGACUAUUGGUAGAAACCAGAAAGUGACAAGUUCUGGAGUACUGCUGCUCGACCACUACACUGAUAGGAUACAGGUGUUAAGGAACAUGGUGCACUGUGCUGACCUGAGCAAUCCUACGAAGCUGGCCGUGUAUCGACAAUGGACAGAGAGAAUCAUGGAGGAGUUCUUCAGGCAGGGCGACAAGGAGAGAGAGCGAGGGAUGGAGAUCAGUCCCAUGUGUGAUAAACACACUGCCUCUGUGGAAAAAAGUCAGGUAAAUGAUCAGAAGGGGGAAACACGCAUUGGCUUUAUUGACUACAUUGUCACCCGCUGUGGGAGACAUGGGGACCUUGUGCACCCUGAUGCCCAGGACAUCCUGGACACUCUGGAGGACAACAGGGACUGGUACCAGAGCACGAUCCCACAAAGCCCCUCACCGCCUCCCGUGGGACCAGGGACAAGGAGACUAAACGCCUGCAUAGACAAGUUUCAGUUUGAGCUCAUCGAAGAGAGCUCUCAAAGAGAACAGGAAGACGAGGGUGACAAGUCCACGCCAAACCAUGUGGCUCUGCAGGACUGCGGUGACGGGGAUGAGGAGGGGUUAAAAGAGGAAGAGGAAGACACGAUGGCAGAGGAGGAAAAUGAGGACAUAAUAGAAGAGGAAGACGAGGUGGCGAUGGAGGAAGAGGUGGAGGAGGAGCUGAAAGCUCCGUUGGGUGGGGAGCCUGAAAAGGACAGACUUUCUGACACAAGUCCUGUAGAAGAAGAGGAAGAUUCUUCUUCACAAGCUGAAGAUACUGAGUUCUGCUCCUGUAUCGCCCUCCUCACUUGCACAACAUUAUCUUGUUCAUCCUUUCAAUGCCAAACCAAGAACAAAUAAGACUGCAAUGACAAUACAGACCUUUAAAUAUAUUUUUCAAAAAGGGAAUAAUUAAAAUCGCUUAAAGAGAAGUAAUUACACAGCAACUGUAGAUUUGGGAGUGGCGACAAGUCCUUUCGACUGAUUUCACAUAUGAACUUUAGACUAAAGAGGAAUUUAGAAGAGCUUUUAAAAUGAUGGGCAACUGAAGACAGCGUAGCACUCUGGGACUGGAAUGCACACACAUAAACACACAAGAAGUGACAGAAACAAAAGAAAGGCAGGAGCAAGUCAUGUAGAAUACACCAAUGCAAUGCAGCAGUCAUGCAUUACAAUUGCAGUCCAUAGGUACCCUGUCUCUUUGGGAAAAUGCACAGACACACACACACACACACACACACACAC